AUGAAACGCGACCCCGCGCGGAGUGCCUCCGCCAUCGUCCUCCAACUGUUGCUGCUGUGUAGUACUCCACAGGUGUUGUUAGGCUUGUCGAAAUCGAAAAGCAAGCUGCAGUACUGCGAGAGGCCGCACUCACGAUGCUUGGACAUGAACCACUCGUUGUCGUGUUUGGGGGUGAAACUGCCUUACACGUCUACUUCUACCGAUCUCGUUCCGGAUGCCGAGACCCCAGAAGAAGCUCAGGAGCGACUGCACUAUUGGCAAGGGCUCAAAAAAGUUCCAAAAUGUUGGGCGGCUAUCCAACCACUGCUGUGUGCAUUAUACAUGCCCAAUUGCGAGAAUAGCAGCUUACAUUUACCACCGCAGGAAAUGUGUAAACUUAUUGAAAACCAUUGUCAAAUUCUCAAAAUUGAAAAUUCAUGGCCUGCAGAAUUUAAUUGUGAAAAUGACACACUCUAUCCUGCAAAAUUAUGCAAGAAUGAUUUGCGAGAGUUAAAGUUCAACUCAACGGCUGGUCGUUGUGAAUCUCCACUUGUACAAACUUAUAGACCUGAAGCUUAUCAUUAUCCUAAUUUUGAGGGUUGUGAUCUUCAAUGUUAUGAUCCUUUGUUUUCUAUGGAUGAACACCGACAAAUACAUAAUCUUAUUGCGUGGACUGCUACUAUAGCUGGACUUUGCAAUAUAUUUGCUAUUCUUACGUUUAUGAUCGAAUGGCAAUCAUUAAAUCGUUAUCCUAACAUUGUAAUACUGUACAUAAAUGUAUGUUUUUUAUUCAUAUGUUUUGGGUGGUUAUCACAAUUUUGGUCUGGCACAAGAGAUGAUAUUGUCUGUAGAAAAAAUGGUGCUAGAAAAACAUCAGAACCUAGUGAUGAAGAUCUUUCUUGUGUUAUAAAUUUUAUUUUCUCAUACUACUUCUUAAUUGCUGCAUUUAUUUGGUUUGUUAUUUUUACAUACUCUCUUCACACAACAUUUCAAUCCUUUGGAAAAAUCCAAGAAAAGGUUGAUAAAAAAGGUGGAUAUUUUCAUUUGCUAGCAUGGUCUAUACCAUUAGUGUUUUGUGUCGUCGUGAUGGUACUUGGAGAGAUUGAUGGUGAUAGUGUAACUGGCACAUGUUUUGUAGGCGUCAAUAAUAAAAUAUAUAGUAUUAUAUUUGUGCUAAUACCAGUUUUAAUAUCUGUCCUGAUUGGUUUAUUUUAUUUGGUCCGAGUAUUAUUUGGACUCUUAGCUUUAAAAAAAGAGAGCACACAAGUAAUUUCCAAACAAGCAAAGUCAAAGAUUCAUUCAGCAGCAAUUAAAGUGAUAAUGUUCAUGAUAUUGAUUGUUGUAUUUGUUUCAUCAAUGUUUAUGUGUUAUAUUUACGAAUACAACAAUGAUCAUUUAUGGAGAGAUAGUCUUAGAAAAUAUAUUGUGUGCAAACUUGGCAUUAUACCAGAUACCGAUAUAGGAAAUUGUCGUAUUGAGUUUAAACCAAGUGUCUCUAAAAAACAACUAUAUAUAUUAGUGUUAUUUGGAAAUGCAGUACUAAUGUCAUUUUGGGUGUGGACUAAUCAAAUUGGCAAUGCUUGGUGCGAGUGUUUAAUUCGUUGGUUAAAGAAAUUGCGAGGUCAUGAACAGAAAAACCAAGACUCUUCUAAGUAUAAUAAACAUAAGUUGAUUGCUAGCGCUUUUGCUAAAAGACAUCAACUUAAUAGUAAUGAUUUUACUGUUACAUUUUCAAAAGAAGAUCCGUUUGGUUUGGUAUUUGGUUUAAACAGUAAUCUAACAGAUAACAUAAGUUCUACUUGGGCUGCUGCUUUACCCAAAUUUAUACGAAGACGUGGAGCAUUAACUGGCCAAGAACAACUAUCAGUAUCAUCUUCAUGUUUGCAGUCAGACUCAGAAAUUAGUUAUAGUAUGUGUAGAGUUUCUGUGGAAUCUCGUAGUCACUCAUUAGAUUCUACCAUAUCAGUAAAAGCAUUUGAAAUGACUCGUAAAGUCCGUCGAUUUUCCAAACAUGUUAAAAAAAAACAUAAAAGAAGUAAUAAAUUGCUGUGCAAACUACCAUCAUCUCAGAAGGGAAGUGUCACUUCUCAAGAUAUAACUCGACAAUUGACGUUGACAUUUCCCGAAUUUCAAAAUGUGUGUUCACGGCCUGAAACAGAAAUACAACAAACUGCUAUUCCUAAUUUAGAAAGAAGAACAGCUUCAGCUGGCAUUGAUUCGGGUCUUAAAGAGCAAAUGAAAACACUGAAGACUCUUUCAAUAUCAUCCUUAAGUAUGGUUAAUACAAAACUGUUACAGAUGAGUUUUAAGGGUUUAACCAGUAGUAAUCAAUCGGAACAGUUUAUACUAGAAGAUUUCACUAAAUAUGACAGAAGAGGGAUGUAUAAAUCAGUUGCUAUCGUGGACACAGACACAAACACUGACACGGAGGAAGAAAAAAAAUCAUCCGAUAACUCUGAUACAGAUUAG